CAGCACUGGAGAUAUUGGAAGGUGGUGUCUUUAGUAUUGAAGUGGGGUAGAGAUUGAAGUAGUGAAGGAAGCAGAUGGGUUCAGACAGAUAAUAACUAGGCACUCAGACACGGGCACUGGGGGGGAGCUAUGUGCUUCUGCAUAGUGUAAAGUUGACUUGCAUGGACUAUGAGGAGACAGAUGCCUCUGGAUAUCACAUUAGCCUCUUCUCACAUUGGUCCCUUCUUCCAUAGAGAGAUGCAUAUUCUACUGCGAGCACUACUGGAUACUAUGCUGUCAACCUAGAGACUGCUGUGGUGCUGAAAUGGCCAGCACCCAGCAAACCUGGCAUCUGAAUGACUCGUGGAGGAGCAAUGGAGGCACCGCAGCCCUACCAGGCAACUUUGCUUUCACCUGGACAGUGGUUUUGGCUGUCCUUAUGGGGAUCCUGAUAGUGAGCACAGUGCUGGGCAACGCACUAGUCAUGUUGGCAUUUGUUGUGGACUCCAGCCUUAGGACACAGAACAACUACUUCCUUCUCAACCUGGCCAUCUCUGACUUUUUAGUAGGAGCCCUGUGCAUCCCUCUGUAUGUGCCCUAUGUGUUGACUGGAAGAUGGAGCUUUGGCAGAAGUGUCUGCAAACUGUGGCUGGUUAGCUACAGGGCUCAGCAGAGUAACAGCAAGCAUGCAGUGUUGAAGAUGUCCAUGGUCUGGCUCUUGGCCUUCCUACUGUACGGACCAGCUAUCAUUACAUGGGAAUACAUUGCAGGGAAGACCAUCAUCCCCGAGGGAGAAUGUUUUGCUGAAUUCUUCUACAACUGGUACUUCCUAAUUACAGCUUCCACCAUCGAGUUCUUUACGCCUUUCAUAAGUGUGACUUUCUUUAAUGUCUGCAUUUACCUAAAUAUUCAGAAGAGGACAAGAGCCAGGCUGGACCUUAUGCAAGAGGCUCACAGCCAAACCACCACCGACAAUCAAAGGGUCAUGGUUGAACCCAUCAGGUCCAACUAUCUAAAAUGUUGGAAGUCAGCUCAAAAGGGGUCAAAAGCUCGGAACGCAGACAAGGCCACCUUCAAGGAAACAGAGGCAGAGAUCUUGGAAAGGGUAAAGGGUGCCAAAAGAGCCUCUCUGAAUGGUAGUUCAAUGACUGUACUUGGAAAAUCUAAAAGUAGCAGAAGAAGCUUUACAGAAUCUGGUUCUACUCCAUCUCUGGAAAAACGUAUGAGGAUGGUUUCUCAAGGAAUCGCUCAACGUUUCCGCUUAUCGAGAGACAAAAAAAUUGCUAAGUCUUUAGCUGUCAUUGUCUGUGUAUUUGGGCUAUGUUGGGCCCCUUACACCUUACUCAUGAUCAUAAGGGCAGCCUGCAGGGGGCACUGUAUACCACAAUAUUGGUAUGAAGCAUCUUUUUGGCUGCUAUGGGUAAAUUCAGCUGUGAACCCCAUUUUGUAUCCAUUGUGCCAUUACAGCUUUAAAAGAGCAUUCAAAAAAAUUUUGUGCCCCCAAAAGUUGAAAAUCAAACCAAGUAGCAAAUUACACCAUUGCUGGAAGUGCGUGAACUCAGGAUGACAGUAGGCCAGUUACUAUAAGGAGACAUACAUGAUGGAGAAUGAAAUGGGCACAGUUCUCAAAGGAAGUUGGUCUUAGAGGACUGUUUGAGGCUGACAAAUCUUAUGGAGGACAGUAACAAAGGAAGAGAUUAAAUCCUUUCAAGUUAAUGAGACCCUUUAAUGGGAAGCCAUUAAAUAUCUUAGCUGGCAUUGUUACUAUUCUUCGCUUCUUCAUGUAGUGUCACCUACUGUAUUCCUGAUAUAAGGAACUUACAGCUGGAGAUACCCUUACUUCCUACCUGAUGGAUAUAAUGCUUGUAUUUUAAUCUAUUGAUUAUUUCAUAACUGGUUCCUAAUAUAGUGCCAACAUAUUCUGCAUUGCUGUACAGAGAAUGAAUGUACUCACAUUGGUCCUUGUACACAUGGUGCUCACAAUGUGGACAUAGUGGCUAGUUCCAUAGGCACCUUCUAAUUAGGAGAGUAGGAGGAGACCAUUUUAAGUGCAGGAAACUCUUAGGAAGAACAUGCAAAAUCAUGCUAUAUGAGCCACCAUGCCCCUUAAGGACUAAGUACUAUGUUAUUGGCUCUAUAAGAAGUAGAGCCAAAUUUAAAGUAAUUCUCUGUCUUAUAAUUUUAUAACAUAACUUUAGAGGUUAGGCUCUGUUUUUCGGUUACAGAGCACCAAAUCUCUAAACAGUUUACCCCUGAUUUGGACCUUAAAGAGUACCUGUCACCAAAUAAAACUUUUAAAAUAGUGUUCCUUGCAUAAUUAGCAGACACUUUCCCAUUCACUUGCUUUUAAAAUUAACAUAAAUAUGUUUAAAAUGUACUAUAAAAAACAGCCACUAGGUGGCUCUGUUCUGUUCCCUGUCACAAUUAAUACAGUGAGUUUGGUCUCCUCCUGGCCUGGCAGGGGUCCAAACUCAGGAAGUGCUUCUUUGCACUGAGCUUGAUUGACAGCUGCACAGAAAGUGAAAGCUCCACAGAGUCUCACAGAAAGCUGCACAGACUGAAAGCUGCAGGAGAGCCUCACUGAUAGCAACACAGACUGAAACAUGCACAGAGCCUGAGAUCCUCUAUUCAUCACAGCACUGCAACCAUCUGAGGGCGGAAGUGGUCCCCCAGCAGGCUUCUGUGAUGUCAUGCCUGCUGGGAAACGCCCACUUUCUCCUGCUGGGAGAUUGCACUAUGUGAGCAAGAAGAAAGGUAUGCUUCACAGCUUUUUAAAGCUCUGAAAAACAUUUUAAGGGCUGGUGGGGUGUUAGGAGUAGUUAGGGAACAUAGCCUGAGUUAGUUUAGAACAGUUUAUUUGGUGACAGGUACUUUUUAAAAGGGUUGUCAGGUGAAAAACAACUUAUUCCCUUUCUACAGAAAAGCAGAUAAGAGUCUUAUUGCAGAAGGUCCAACUGCUGGGACCAUCUCCAUAACGAGACCCCGGCUGAAUGCCUGCUGCAGAUGAUGCCCACUCCAUUCAUUACUAUGGGAGUGCCGAAAACACCCGAGUACAGCACUCCGGUGGAUAGAGGAUAAGUUGUUUUUCACCAGACAACCCCUUUAAAGUGAACUUUUCCCAUAUGUUAUGCUGCUCUUGCUGAGGGAAGCAUAACAUAGGGAAAGACACACUGUUUUUAGUGGUCUGUUCUCGGAGCAUAGCAUGCUGUAGUUCACUGACCAUCCAUCAAUGAUUGACAGGUGUUUUCCUUUGCAUAGUACAUCAGCAAUCAGCUGGGUGGGGAAAUGGGGGGAUUUUGGGGGUCCACAACAGCAGACUGACUCCUGUGGCAUGUUGCUGCUUUUGGGCACAUUCCGAGAAUUACAGCAUGUUAUGUCACUGGGGACAGAUGACUGAAAACAGCAUAACAUACAUAAAAAACUCCAUUAAAAUGGUUAUCCCUACAGGAUAGGUCAUACCUAGCUAAGCAGUGGAUUUCCAACUACUGCAGAAAAGUGGUUGAGCAUGUUUGCUGCUCCAUUCACUGAUAAAGAUAGCCAAGUACAGUGCUCCGCUAUCUUCUGCAGCCUUAUAACAAGUGAAUGGAGCAGCGGUGAACAUGCUAAACCAUCACUAUAUGCACAGGUGGGAACAUUCUUGUGGGUCUCAUUGGUCAGACCCCAACCAGACAGGUGAUACAUUUAAACCUUGGAAGAACCCCAUUAAUGACAAAGAUGUAACCAGGGGUCAAGUCCUGGGGAAAAAAGUGUGGCAACUAACCCAAGAUUUCCACUUAAAGGGGUACUCCGCCCCUAGACAUCUUAUCCCCUAUACGAAGGAUAGGGGAUAAGAUGUCUGAUUGCGGUGGUCCCACCGCUGGGGACCCCGUGUUCCCUCUGCUGCACCCGGCAUUCGUUUAGAGCGUUGGGUGCAGAGCCGGAGGCUCGUGAUGUCACAGCCACAGCCCCUCAAUGCAAGUCUAUAGGAGGCGGCAUGAGGGCCGUCACGCCCACUCCCAUAGACUUGCAUUGAGGGGGCAUGGCCGUGACGUGACAAGCUUCUGCCCCCCUUCGCCAGUCAUUGGGCACGGAGCGAAGUUCACUCCGUGCAUCGGAUGUCUGGGGUGCCGCAGCCAAGAUCGCUGGGGUCUCCAGCGGAGGGACCCCGUGAUAAGAUGUCUAGGGGCGGAGUACCCAUUUAAGGGCUGGUCCUGCAGGACUCCUGCUAAUGGGAACUGCGUUCCUGCUGUGGAGAACUUGUUUUUCAUGUGUCAAGAUUUAUUUUUUACAGAUACAAUUUUAGGGUACAAAUAACUUUUAGUAACUCUUUUUAGGGCGUGGGGAAUGAGAAACAACUCAAUUUUACCAUUGCCUUUUUGUGAUUAAACUUUCUGCCAUUUACCAUACACUAUAAAUAAUACUUUAUUCUCUAGUCAGUAUGAUUACAGCAAUACUAAUUUUAUAUAUUUAUUUUUACUUUCCAUAAAAAAAAAUAGUUUUUUGUCACUUCAUUCUAAGAUCUUUACAAUUUUAUUUUUCCAUCAACAGGGCUGUGUGAGAGCUUAUGAGUAACUAGUAGUAUUCUUUACUAUCAUUUUGAAGUCCAUAUGACAUUUCUUUUCAUUUUUUUUCCCAAAAACAGCAAUUCUGGAUUUAUUUAUUUUUUUGCAUUUAUCAUGAGAAUGUAUUUUUUUUUUUUUUUUAUAAUUGUGGGUCUUACACUUGUCUUUUUUUUAUU